AUCCCACCAGCGAGGUUAAUUGUCGCCGUAUCUCAAAACAGCGCCUUGGCUGAGAAACUCUCUCUCUCUCUCUCUCUCUCUCUUUCGAAGGAAAAGCAAAUAAAAUGACUGCGAAAAGAGAACACAAGCCUAUAGAAGCCAUGACAAAUAUGCCAACAAAAAAAGAGAUCAGUAAGGGAGCAUGGGCACCGGAAGAAGAUAAAAAAUUAGCUGAAGUUAUAGCAAUCCAUGGUGCAAAAAGAUGGAAGAUAAUUGCAGAGAAAGCAGGCCUUAAUCGGUGUGGUAAGAGUUGCAGGCUAAGAUGGUUGAAUUAUUUAAGACCGAAUAUCAAGAGAGGCAACAUAUCAGACCAAGAAGAAGACUUGAUCAUUAGGCUUCAUAAACUACUAGGAAAUAGAUGGUCCUUGAUCGCUGGAAGAUUACCAGGGAGGACAGACAAUGAGGUCAAGAACUACUGGAAUUCUCAUCUGUGCAAGAAAAUAAACCAAAAAGAGAAACAAAGUGGAGCUUCAAUUGGAGAAGAAUCCAAAGGUGAGAAAAGGACAACAGAGAAGGCAGACACAGUGGAGGUGACAAGGGAAGAGAAGCAAUCUAGUUGUAAUAAUUAUACAGGAGGUGAAGAAUCCAAUACCAGUUUUAAUGUAGAUGAUUUUUUUGAUUUCUCCAAUGAAGAUCGUUUGAACUUGGAGUGGAUGAGCCCUUUCCUUGAAAUGGAUGGGAGAUUUACUGGCAUGUCAUGAAAAGUUUCAUUCACAUGAUCAUCAGAAAAUUCAUGAUGUGUGAAAUUUGAAAUGUAUUCAUUAAUUUAGAAGA